CCCCGACUAACUUCAAAAACAAAUAUUGUUUAUAAUUAAAUUUAUUAUAAACACCUUUUAAGUCAUUAGUACAAAAACAUCAAUUGAAUCAACCCUGAUUUUUAUGCUCUUUGGCCCUCUCUCGUACAAGCACAAAUGUUUAUGGAGAAAAGAGUCGCGCUCUUUAAAUUUAUAUUGAAUGGAGAAAAUAUCUUAACGUAGCAUACUAGUGAAAAUGUACAAAUAUACAUACGAUUCCUCAAUACGUGGUCAUUCCUCGAGUAAAACGAGUUUCUUCACAUUGUUGUUGACUAUAAUGUUUAUUCGUUGACUUUGUAGCUUUGCUCGUUAUGCCACAAAACGAUCGUCAUUCAGUUGAGGUCUGCUCGUCGUUCGAAUCGGUGAUAUUAUUUAUACAGUUCGCAUUUAGUACGCGUUUUGUGAAUUUUUACACUCGCUUUGGUAAAAUAACUAAGUACUUACUUCCUUUCUUUAUUGGGUCACUAACGCAUACUCCGCCGGUGUUCAAAUUGCAUACUCCGUAAUACUUGGCAGAUAAUAUAGUUGAAAAAUUUGGAAAUUAAAUAAAAUAAAAACAGCAAAAUGGCGAAAUUCGUACUUAUUGCAACGUGCCUUGUAUUGGCGUCGAGCGUGCGCGCACAAGAACUGAAAGUGGAUGUCAUCAGUACGCCAGAGGUGUGCGAACAAAAGUCGAAAAGUGGUGAUAUGCUGACGAUGCAUUACACUGGCACACUGACGGACGGCAAGAAAUUCGAUUCGAGCUUUGACCGCGAGCAACCCUUCACAUUCCAAAUUGGCGCUGGGCAAGUGAUAAAGGGCUGGGACCAGGGUUUACUGGAUAUGUGCGUCGGCGAGAAACGUAAAUUGGUCAUUCCACCCGAGUUGGGUUAUGGUGAUCGUGGUGCUGGAAACGUCAUCCCACCAAAGGCCACACUCUUCUUUGAAGUCGAAUUGAUCAAUAUCGGAAACACUCCACCACCAACCAAUGUCUUCAAGGAGAUCGACGAGAACGGCGACAAGCAGCUGAGCCGUGAUGAGGUAAACGUUUAUGUCAGCGAAUAUCUGAAAAAACAAAUGACCGCCGUUGAAGGUCAAGACUCGGAGGAACUGAAAAACAUGCUCAAGGAGAACGACAAACUUGUUGAGGAGAUCUUCCAACACGAAGACAAGGACAAGAACGGCUACAUCUCGCACGACGAGUUCUCCGGUCCCAAACACGACGAACUCUAAGUCAACUGCGACUCGGGUGUGGUGGCAAGCUUGCCAAAUAUACUUGUACAAUAGUAGUUAUAUUAAUGGGUGGCUAAAGCUAUCGCUACAUCCCACACUCAUACAUUCGCAAAGAACACAAACACACGCGCACAUACGUUCACAAAAAUAUACGUACAUAAAUUUACAAAUAAUUAUUAAACAACAACAAUAAAUAAAUUGCAUUGUAGGAAAAUGAGUUAAUACAUACAUACGUACAUACAUACAUCAAAUAUUUUUACAAGCAGGCGUAGAAAUGUAAUUAAAUAAAUUUGCAAACAAUUUUUUUUAUAUCUGCGUUGCAAGAAUCUACCACUUUCCACAAUUAAAAAGCAAAACCUAGAAUAAAAUCAAGGAACAGGUACUACUUAGCUAUAAAAAGUCUACAAACAAUUUGUGUUUUGUUAUUUUUUAUCAUUAUUCGCUUUUUAUAGUCAAUAAUGUGAUUCGCAUUUUAAAUUAAUGAUUUUAUUUUCUUUUGUACUUUUUCACAUGCUACAAUACACACUUAAGUAAAAUGUUAACAUUGUGGUUUAUGUUGUACAUAUGAACAAUGCUGAUUUUGAUGAAAAAUUUAUAGUUUGUACAAUAUGUGUAAGCAUUUUUUAUGGCAAAUAUUGUAUUGGAUGGAAGAAAAUGUGAAAUAAAGUUUAUUUAAAAAAU